AUGAUGCUCUUUGCCUGGCAUCUUCAGGACUUCAGCACUAUCAUUGACUUUUUAUCGAAAGGUGGGGUACCUACAGACACGGACUUGAAAAGCUUGGACAAAUACUUCCAUAAAUGGCGCCGCACGUUUGUGGUUUCAUCUCAAUUGGAAUCGGCCCUUUUGGAACUAAACAACCACUUACAUGACAUGGCACUACUCGAGACCUCGUGGGGAUUCGAACUUGGAACUCUACUCUGGUCCACAGCUGUUUCUAUGGGAAUGUCAUUUACCAACAACCCUGCCUUGACAGACACUAGGAUCUCUCUUUCACUGGAUGGGAUCAAAACCCAGAUGAAAGUGGCGGUGAAGAACGAUGAUGCCGAAGCACUUCGCAAAUUUGUGAAAGAUGGACGUGUCAGUAUUCAGGAUUGUUGGACUUCAGACAAUACGAGUCCAACAACCCUGCUCCAAGACGCAGCAUGGCAAAACGCAGGCAGAUGCUUUGAUCUUCUGCUAGGUCUGGGAAGUGAUCCCUAUGCCCUUAGCGAGAAUGGCCAGAACGCCGUGUCACUAAUGAAUACCAAAGGGGAUGGCAGUCUACUUGAUACCGUUGUGCGGUAUGGCAUGGAUGCGCUCAAACCGAAUACCUAUGGAGCAAAUCUCUGGCAUAUGGUGGCAGUAAAACCCAGCAAUCCACAGUUUUUCGACGCUCUCAUUCGCACCAACCCUGAGGGAAGCUUGAAGGCGAUGUUCUACAUGACUGAAUCCGGCAUGACACCUCUGUGCAUCGCUUUGAGGAGUUCAGAUGCUAACAAUGAUUAUGAAUAUGGUCAGCCUUUUCGGGUCAGGGAAGCUAAAGCCUUGAAAUUCAUCGAAUACUGUAACGCUAUUCCCCGAUUUUGGGACGAACAUGACUCGAUCCUGAACAUCGCCUUCGACUUUGGUUCGGUCAAAGUUAUGGAAAAGCUGAUAGAUAUCGGCGUCUGCCCCACCAUUCCUGCCACAUACAAUCCAUCUCCCUUGCAUCACCUAUCUCCCAAGGCAUCGCCAACCUGGGCUACCAUUGGAGAUCUACCUGAGCACCGUGAUCGAGAGAAAGAUACCACUCAAUCGGACGAUAGCAACCAUGCUCAGUUCUCACGAGAUACUUUCCUCAAAAGACCAACAUAG